AUGAAUGCUGAAACUCAAACGCCAGAGUCAGGGGUAAAAACUACCCAAAAUACUGAAACCCAAACAACUGAAUUUGAAUAUAUAUUUAAGCAAGCUGUUCUGCAACCUUUUACUGAGGAAUAUUUUGCUGAUCAUGAUGACAGAGUGAGGUUUUACACUGGUUUGCCGGGCUUUGAUGUGCUCAAAGCAACUUUUUCUUUCAUCAGUCCAUUCGUCACUGGAAGGAGUAAAAGUUUGUCUUUGUUUCAAGAAUUUAUUAAGACCUUGCGUAUAGGUUUGGUUUGCGUAUAGGUUUGGCGUUUCUCUUAGUAGUUUCAAGAACCUUCUCCACCUGGUUAACUGUGAUGGAUAUCAAGCUUUCCCCUAUCAUCAGAUGGCCUGAACGAGAGGAGCUCUGGCACACGAUGCCUCUUUGUUUUCAGUUCUCAUUUGGAAAAAAAACCACCAUUAUUAUUGACUGUUUUGAGAUCUUCAUAGAGCGACCUUCAAAUCUUCUAGGGAGAGCACAAACAUUUUCUAACUAUAAACACCACAAUACUGUCAAGGUGCUCAUCGCAAUUACACCCCAAGGGUCUAUUUUUCUGAUAAGUGUGGUUUAUUGAACCACUUGAAGCCAGGGGACCCUGUUAUGGCAGACCGAGGGUUCACCAUUCAGGAAAGUGUUGCACUCUACCAGGCACAGUUAGCUAUCCCUGCCUUCACUAGAGGAAAGAAUCAACUUGAUCCACUUGAUGGGAAACGAACACGAGGAAUUGCGAAUGUGCGAAUACAUGUCGAGCGUGUCAUUGGACUCCUGAGGCAAAAGUAUUCUAUCCUGCAGGGAAUACUACCAAUGGAUUAUUUGACAUGUUCAGAGAAAAGUGGAAAAAUUCCACUUAUUGACAGGAUGAUCAGGGUUUGUGCAGCCCUUACAAAUCUUUCCGCAUCUGUUGUUCCCUUUGAGUAA